AGUCCCUCACGUCCACAAAUGUGAAGCUCGUCACGGUGAAGCCGCGGCUGCCGGUCAGUGGUUUUCAAAAUAAAAGCAUUUACAGUGGCGGUCCCAUGACGGGCAAAUUUGCAUUGCAUGAUGAAAAAAAAAUAGGCAUAAACAAUAAAAUGAAAGGGCUGAGUAAUAAUUAAAACCGGCUGAUAUUUUGAAUGAAAAACAAUUAACAGCAUAAGGGUGAGGCCUUUGGUUAAAAAAAGAAAGAAAUAGAAGCAGGAAGGUCCUUUGAACAAUACAAACACAGCAAUAUGCUUGCAUCUUAUGUGCAAAUUUGCCAUAUUGUUUGGCAGUGGCACUACGAGAAAGAUCCUGGGGAUGUCCUGAACAGAAAGGGUGAAUUUUUAGAUGAAUCCUGGAUGACCUCUUUUCUUUAUCACCUUUUGUAGUUAUAAUUAUCUCCUCUGCUGUGGGCAACUUGGCCUCUAUUUUUUUUUUAAACCUCCACGAAAAGCCAUGAAGGCUGCUUUUGUUUUUAUAACCUGAAGUUAGUGGGUCUGUCGGUGGUUAUCUCCACAAUACAUCACAAGAUCAAAGUCCAUAUGUAUCCAUUGUUCACUCAACAAACACCAAACCAGUCACUUUGAUGUAUCUUUUACUGUUAUAUCUCUGUUCAAACAAGUUAUAUAUAGGCCCAGCGGCACCCAUAAAAGUCUGGUUUAUUAAAAUCUUACUUGCAUGCAUGCUUUCCUUUGAUACUGUUGCCAACAACAGACUGCUGAACACAAAAUACUGCAUGUGCUCUGAGAAACGAUUUCAUGUUAGAAAGUUUAAAAUUGGCCAGGAAUGGUCAAGGUUAAGCGCUAUAUGGUUUGACAUGAUGAUGAAGUGGGGUGAGCUUUUGAUUUGAUUCUCUGUACUGUUUUGAAAAAGUGGAUUUGUAAACCAAAUGAGAAAAGCAUCCCUUCCUUCACCUACUGCCCAUGAGCCAAGCACUCCAUGCCAAGCCAACCAUGACUCUUCUAGUGAUGGUGCCCGAGUGGGAAGCAGUAAAAGUCUGUGGCUGUAAAAGACAGUUUCAGGCAUGAGUGUGUUUUUAUUUCCCCUUUUUUGGCCUGCUGAAAAUAUAAGAUUCCCUUGUUAUUUUGUCUCCCCAAACAAGCUUUGAAAAAUAGAUUCUUUUGUCAUUUGUUUCAGAAUUUUACUAUGGGAAUACUGGUUGAAAACAUGCUGUAGGUGAUUACUAAUUGCUACAAGUUUCUAAUAAUGACAAUAUUAUUUCUCUUAGAAUAAUAUCUUUCAUAGCCAAGGCAUAGCUUUACAUCUGGACAGUAUGGACACUCUCUACCAAUAUUUUAAGGGGACAGAAUUGUCUGUACCAAUACAUUUUCAAAGUUGUUUGUUAUAUAGUUAAGUCAAAUUAGAUACUUCUCCAAGAUGAGGUAUGCUAUAUUGGCAUUUGGGGGUUGUUUCUUUGUUCAUAGUGCAACAUGUGAGCGCUGUAGUAAAGUCUGUCAGUGGAAACAAGUUAUCAGUUACAUGAUUAGUUGAUCAACAGAGAUUUAACUGGCAACUAUUUCAAUGUUCAAUUAACGAUUCAAGUCAGUUAUCAACGAACAUCUCAGCUGUUGGGAGAUUUUUUCUGUUCUUUUAAAGACCAAAUGAUUAGUUAAGAAAAUAAUGAUAGUUAAUGAUAGUUAAUUGGAGUCCUUGUGUGAAACUGAAUUUUAUGUAAUUUUAUUAUGUAUAAGUUCAACGAUUGUAUUUCAGUGUCCAACAUUGUUUUCCUUAUAGGUGUGAGCUAAUUUGAAGAAGGUCACUUUUCUCUCUGAGCAGGUCAAGAAAGCCACACCCUGAGGGACAUGAUGUCAUAUAAACAAACUCUGUCUAUGCACAGGAGAAAGCGCUGCUUGCACUUUCACGUGUGUAUACUUGAUUAUGUAAUACUAACCAGUUCUUGUAAUGACGCAAACAUGACAUAUGCUGUGUUUGAAUAGAACUUAACUGACUUAUUUAUCAGAGGAGACAUUAAAUAAUAAUUAGAAUUAAUCCAAUUCUUGAAUUUUUCCUAAAUACACACAUAAAUAAUGAUGAUGAUCAUGAUAAUAAUGUGAGCAAUGUGAGAUGCUAAAAGUGUAUAAUCAUAUGUAGGAGAGUAGCUGAGCUAUAGUGGUGAACCAUAUGUGUAGAUCUAGUCUAAUGGAGGUUAAACAGGUGUGCUAUGAGCACACCGCACAGUGAUCUGAAAGUACAAUGGGAGCCCUCGUUACCUGUGCUUCAAUGGAGAGGAAACGCAUCCCUUUAUUGUUCUGGAAAGAGACGUAGUAUCUGGUUGCUAUGACCAGAAAUCAUUGUGACAGCAUGUUGAUGCUGAUGAAUUAUUUGUCUAACCAGGUUUGACUUUUGUCAAUUUAUAGGUCUUACUCAGAAAAAAUACAUGUUUGUAUAUGGAAAUAAAAAAUUUAUUUUGUGUUUCUCAAAAGUCAACCUUGUUUGUUUCAAAGCCACUAAAAACCAGUAAGCUGAUACAGCCACAAGUCAUCUCAUAUGAGAGCAAUGUGUGUCAUGUCCUUGAAUGCUGCUGAAGCAAUAUUAUUUUUUGUUAUUUCACAUUUAUAAUUAUUAAUAUUAUUUUUUAAUUGUUUUCUUUCAUUGUUGUUAUGUAUGUAUGUUACAUUAGCUUUGCUCCUUACCGCUCGACUCUAUAGGUCAGGUUUUUCCUGCAGUUAAAGAGCCGUUUGUAGAUAUAAAAUGUUCCGCUUAUUUGAUUCGAAAAUUCACGUAUUCACUAUUGUAUAAAUAUAAAACUCUUCACAGCCAUUUGCAAAUUACUUCCUCAUCAACAUUGUCCCAUUGUUUGUGUUUGCACAAGGUCUCACAAACAUUUUAAUAUCAGGACAUCUUGUUUUAAUGAGAGCAAACAGAAGCUGGUGCUUUCUCCUUCGUCCUCAAAUCCUCAUGAGAGAGAAAGUGCAUCUCGACACUUUCUCUCCCUGGAUCUAAAGGGGAGAAGCAUAGCACAGCAGUAGAGAGGUGUGGCCGCAUAGCUCUCAUGACAGGUAGACAUGUGGAGGAGGAGCUAGAUUACCUGUGCAGAGCUGGCAGUCAGUGUACAGUGGACAUUGCACCUGUUGCACUUCCCAGGCUCUCUGUCUGUUUCUCUCUCCCUCUUUCUGUCCAUCUCUUUUCCCCCUUUUUUCCCCAUCUGGAAGCACUAAGGGAGCUGACAACCUCACUAUGGAUCCCAGUGAGGCUGUUGGAAGUGAGAAGGAGAAAGAAAAGGAAAAGGAGAAAGUUAUAAAGAGGAGGAACCGGCCUGUGUUCCUGCGUUACCUGGAGAGGAGAAAGACGGACACUAUUGUGGCUGAUGACACGGCGAAAGGUGACAUCAACCUGGGGACGCUGGUGAGGAGGAGUCAGUCCGACAAGACGGAGUACAGCGCUAAACUUAAAGAGAAAAUGACACCACAUGACCUGUCCACACCCUCCUCACCAGCACUGGAUCCAGAGGAGGUCCGUUUGAGAAAGAUGAACCGCAGGGCAAAAGUCAUUCAGGAGCUUGUGCAGACUGAGAAGGACUACCUCACAGACCUGGAGCUGUGCAUCAGAGAAGUGGUCCAGCCUUUACGAAAUUUGCAGGUUGUGGAUGUAGACAGGCUGUUCACCAACAUGGAGACAGUGUGUGAGGUAUCAGCGGCACUCCUUCACAGACUGCAUGAGGCCAUGGCUGAACCUGACCUAGAGGCAGUCGUCAUAGGAGAAGUAUUCAUCCAGGCAAAGGCAGCUUUAGAAGAUGUGUAUAAGAUUUACUGUUACCAUCACGACGAUGCCAACAUGUCGCUCAAAUCCUACGAGAAAGAUGAAGAGAUAAAGCAACAUUUCACCAUGUGUGUGCUAGCUCUGAAAAAAAUCUACGACCAAGAAGGGAAACCCAACUUGCUGGACAUGGGUUCACUGCUCAUCAAACCUGUCCAAAGGAUCAUGAAGUACCCGCUGCUGCUUGGAGAGCUGUGGCAGGCCACCCCUGAAGACCACCCUGACUGUCGGCCGCUGCAGGAGGCGUUCACUGCCGCCAAGAUCAUAAACGUUAACAUCAAUGAGUUCAAGAGACGCAAAGAUAUCGUUAUGAAGUAUAAGAGGUUGGAAGAUGAAAGCACACUGAGGGGCAAACUACAUAAGUUCAACAUCCACUCUAUCCGGAAGAAAGGCGACAGAUUUGCUGGCUAUCUGAAAAUCCUAACAGGAGUUGAACCACAGGUGAGAGAUGAAGUAUUUGACAGAGAGGAGAAGCUGUUCAGGAGUCUGGAGAAGGCCGUGAGGCAGCUGGUCAGGAAUGUUCAGUGUUACCUGCAGCACACUCAGGAGAUUGUGUCUGUAGCUGUUCAGAACGUCCAGGACAUGGAGAGCAUCAUCAAGGAGCCAAACAAAAAUGGCACAAAUGGCUCAUCGCACAGUAAUGGAAAUGACCCCUAUAAGCACUUUAAAGACAGUAUGGAGCGCUUGGUCCUCGCCCCCCUCUCCAACCUGCAGGGCAUGUUCACAGCCCCACAGAAGCUCAUCCAGAAGCGUUAUGACAAAUUGCUGGAUUACUGCAGCCGCCUGGAGCGCUCUUCUUCUAUCUCAUCCUCAUCCUCAUCCUCAUCAUUAUCCACCACUGCUUCCUCUACUUCGCUGGUGUCAGAGGACCCGCCUGGUCCCGCCAGGAGGGACUAUGAAGCUCUCAAUGCUUUGCUAGUGGAGGAGUUGCAGAGGUUCAACAUGGCUGCCUAUACCAUUCUAACCAACUGUGUGGUGUCUCUUGUGACUCUGCUCAGACGGCUGAUGGAUAAAAUACUGCUUUGUUCCCCAUCGAUACACCAGCUACCAGCUCCACUGUCAAAUAUUGCUGAAGUGCAGAACAGUAUCAUGGACGAGCUGAACAAUCUGACUUUUGUCAAAGAUAACGCACAGAAAUUAAUGGAGAGAAAAGUCAGCUUCGAGAGACAACGAGACAAGAAAUUAACGAUGCCAGAGGUGCAGCACCAAACCGAGGAACAGCGCGCCCGACUGCUGGCAGAACACCCGCUGAGCCGUCUGUACCAGCUGAAGAGGAAGUGCAAUGGCUGCCAGGAGCAGGACCUCAGUCUGCUGGAGGGAGAGCUGGUGGCCUUGCUGGAGGACACGGACCCAUUAGGCAGCAGCACCCGCUGGCUGGUUCACACUGGAGGUACACAGGGCUACGUCUACUCCACAUUCCUGAAGCAGUACAACCCUCUGAGGGACUCCCAGCGGGCAGGCCAGAUGGUCAAAGAGCAGCAACAGCAGCAGCCGCCUGCCAUGGCAGAUGAGGACUUUGACGACCUCAGUCUGUUCGUGUCGGGCAGCAGCAGCAACAGCUUGCGCAGCUUCAACCUCAACAACACCGACAGCAGCUCGACCCUCUCUGGACUACAGGGGGAGCAAGAGAGCCCUGAAGACCUGGAUGAUACGCUGGACAACGAGGCCCAGCAGUUUUAUGCCGUGUAUGCGUUUCAAGCCCGCUGUGACCAGGAGCUGACCUUGCAGGAGUACCAGCAUGUCCGCAUCCUUCAGUUCUCUGAUCUGGGAGGCAAUAAGGACUGGUGGUUAGCAGAGUCUAAUGGACAGAGGGGAUACGUCCCUGCCAACUACCUUGGCAGGAUGUCUUAUGCAUAAAUAAAGGCCCUCUAUUUAUGCGCAGGAUAUCAACAAACCCAAACCAUUGAGAACACCAACCCAACAAAAGCAACCUGUGGCAUUUCAAACAAAUUCACUCACUCUUUUAAUGCAUAAUUGUUAAUGUGAUGACAGCGACACAUGUUGGUUCUCAGUGGAUAUUAACAGAUGUCUCAAAACAAGUGUUGAAUCUGCUUUGCCUUCAGACGAUCACAACAGGAGAGCUCACCAAUAGGACCUGACCAGCAAUCUGUGAUUAAUAUGAGUGAUUUUUAGGGAAAGACAGGGCGCUGCGCCGAGCACUUUUUGUACUUCAGUGUUGUAGAGUUUAUAUUCAUAAUGAAGUGACUUAUUCAUGAAGUUAAAGUUAUAUGUGAACCGAUUUACAGAUGAAGUCAAUGUUAUAUGUGAAAUGAUUAAUACAUGAAGUAUAUGAUGUAUGUGAAUGAGAAAUGAAGAAAUCUAGCUUAUAUUUUAACAAUGAAUAAACAUGAUCUAUUGUCCACUU